CUACUGCUGCUGAUAUUAAUACUGAUAAUACAGAUUCAGAUGAUUUUGCUGUUAUAAUUAAUAGUGCUGUUAUUUCUAAACUGUUAUCAUUUGUAAAUAAUGUUGUUAAUACAGUUUCAAAUGAUUUUACUAUUGCAGUUGAUGUUGCUAAUAUUGCUAAUAUAUCUGAUAAUAUUAUUAUAGAUGUAGAUAUUGUUCUUGUGGUUGAUGAUGAAGAUUCAGAUAAUUUUGCUAUUGUAGUUAAUAUUGCUAAUUUAUGUAUUAAAGUUUUUAAACUAUUAUUAUCUGCAGCAGAUAUUGAUAAUAUUACUAAUACAAAUUUAGACAAUUUUGCUAUUGCUGUUGAUACUACUAAUAUUGCUAAUAUAGUUAAUAAUACUAUUAUAAAUAUUGUUAUUGUAGUUGAUAAUGCUGCUACUAUUGUUAACACAAAUUCAGAUAAUUUUGCUAUUGCAGUUAAUGCUACUAAUACAAAUUCAGAUAAUUCUACUAUU